ACUUUUCACAUUGGAAAACAUUGGAGAAGCGCAGUGAUCCCAAAGAGAAACGUACCGCAGACAGGUGCAUGACGCAAAACAGAAAUCCCCAGUAGUAGCAGAUUUAGCUAUUUUUAUAACUAAGAAACGCCGUCGGAAAACAUUGGACAGCCUUUGCAAUUGUACAGAAUGACAAGAAGAGUCGGUGCUCGUAUCUGAUAUCCCUCUUUUCCCAGAGUGGUUGUCUACAACAACACACACCUUAUUCAUUCUGCUCUCCUCCAGCAUGUCAGGUGGUUACACUCCAGCCCCUGGGGGCCCCUUCUCAGCCCUGACCUCCAGUAUGUGGCCCCAGGACAUCCUGGCCAAGUACUAUCAGAAGGACCCAACAGAGGAGGCAGAACUGCAGUAUGAUGAGUUUGGCUUCAGGCUGGACAGUGAUGAUGGAGUAGAGCCAGAGCCGAGGCCAGAGCCCCAGAGAGAGGACCCCCAGCAGAGGCUGCGCUGGCAGGCCCACCUGGAGUUCACCCACAACCACACCGUAGGAGACCUGACCUGGGACCUCAUCUCCCCCGUCCUGCCCCGCUCUGAACGCCUCCGCUCCCUGGUGCUGGGGGGCAUACCACACAGCAUGAGACCACAGUUGUGGAUGCGUCUGUCUGGAGCUCUGCAGAAGAAAAGGACUACAGAGAUCUCCUACAAAGAGAUCGUUAAGAACAGCACCAACGACGAGACCACUGCUGCCAAACAGGUACUGGAUGCUGAGAUAGAGAAGGACCUGUUGCGGACCAUGCCCUCCAACGCGUGUUUCUGCAGCCUGCAGAGUGUGGGUGUUCCCAGGCUGAGGCGGGUACUGCGGGGCCUGGCAUGGCUCUACCCAGACAUCGGCUACUGCCAGGGCACAGGCAUGGUGGUGUCAUGUCUGUUGCUGUUCCUGGAGGAGGAGGACGUGCUGUGGAUGAUGUGUGCCCUGAUCGAGGACCUGCUGCCACCCUCCUACUUCUCCUCCACCCUGCUGGGGGUGCAGACAGACCAGAGGGUCCUCAGACAGCUCAUAGUCCAGUAUCUACCAAGCCUGGACAGGCUUCUGCAGGAGCAUGACAUCGAGUUGUCUCUGAUCACGCUGCACUGGUUCCUGACAUCGUUUGCCAGUGUGGUGGACAUCCGCAUCCUGCUGAGGAUCUGGGACCUUCUGUUCUACCAGGGCUCUGUGGUCCUCUUCCAGGUCACACUGGGCAUGCUCAAGAUGAAGGAGGUUGACCUUCUCCUCUCUCCCCUACAGGAGGAGGAGCUGGUGUCCUCUGAGAACUCUGCGUCCAUCUUCAACACGCUGUCCGAUCUGCCCAGCCAGCUGGGUGACGGGGCUGCUGUACUGGGGGAGGCCAUGAGGCUGGCGGGGGCGCUGUCCCAGGACACACUGGAGGCCCAGAGGAACAAACACCUGGCUUACAUCCUCAAUGAGCAGGCCCAGCUCAACACAAACAACUCCCAUACACUCAACAACAACCUCAAUAAAGUUGUGAGGAGACAGUCGCUACGUAGGAAGUCCACUCUGAGCUCUCUGUUGUGGGGUGAGGACGAGGCGGAGGCUCUCAAGUCUAAGAACAUCAAGCAGACAGAGCUGGUAGCAGCGCUCCGAGAGGCCAUCACCCGCACCGCUGAACACUUCCACUGUCUGGACCCCCGACACACCAGCACUGACUUGACUCCAGACUACUCCAUGGAGAGCCACCAGAGAGACCACGAGAACUUCCUGGUUGUGUCUCGUAACCGACGGAGACGGGCCAAAGCCCUGUUGGACUUUGAGCGCCAUGACGACGACGAACUGGGCUUCAGGAAGAACGACAUCAUCACAAUUUUUUCCCAGAAAGAUGAGCACUGUUGGGUGGGAGAGCUCAACGGGCUGAGAGGUUGGUUUCCAGCCAAGUUCGUAGAAAUCCUCGAUGAGCGGAGCAAAGAGUACUCUCUGGCGGGUGAUGACUCGGUGACUGAGGCGGUGACAGACCUGGUCAGAGGGACGUUGUGUCCUGCCCUGAAGGCCAUCUUCCAACACGGUUUGAAGAAACCCUCCAUACUGGGAGGACCCUGCCACCCCUGGCUCUUCAUAGAGGAGGCCGCCAGUAGAGAGGUGGAGAGGGACUUUAACUCGGUCUACUCCAGACUGGUGCUGUGUAAGACGUACAGAUUAGAUGAGGAUGGCAAGGUUCUCACACCAGAGGAGCUGCUCUAUAGAGCGGUGCAGUCUGUAAAUAUGAGCCACGACUCUGCACACGCUCAGAUGGACGUCAAGUUCCGCUCGCUCCUCUGCGUGGGCCUCAAUGAGCAGGUGUUACACCUGUGGUUGGAGGUGUUGUGUUCCAGUAUGCCUGCAGUGGAGAAGUGGUACCAGCCCUGGUCCUUCCUACGCAGCCCAGGAUGGGUCCAGAUCAAGUGUGAGCUCAGGGUUCUCUCAAAGUUUGCCUUCAGUCUCUCUCAGGACUGUGAGCUGCCUGCCAAGAAAGAGGAGAAAGAUCAGAGGCCACUGAAGGAAGGAGUCCAAGACAUGUUGGUGAAGCAUCAUCUCUUCAGCUGGGACAUUGAUGGCUAGAGACACACCCAAAGCCUGCAAAAAACUCCCCUGCCCAACACGUGCUGUCUACCAGAGUCAUCUUUCUGUUUCUUUCAUAUUGACUGCUAUGUCAGAACCCACUACUAGUGUUUCCAUCACUACCUCUCACUAGGAAGUAUUGUAUUGUUCAGACAUUUGAUCAUCAUUCUACAAACACAUCGAUAUGCAUCGUGGUUUCCCUUCCUCGUCUCAACUAAACUGCAUCCGAAGCCUUUCUACUGAGGAUAGUACACUAUAGGGGGCGCGUUCAGCAAGAUGCAACUUUUUGGAAUGUUCAGAUAGAAAUAAGCAUUGUAGAACAAACAUGCCUCUGACAUGUAGAAUAAGGAAUAACAUCAGCUCUAUUCAUGGCAUUUCUAUCUGCAAUGUUUGGCAACUUAACGUGGCCAGGGUAUCAUUUGAGACACCAAAAGACUUUCCAUGUCUAUCAACUAAUUACAUUUACUUUCUGAGCUUGCUAACAAAUCAAAGGUCUUUUGAUGUGUCCAUUAAGGAAACAAUUAGUAUGUAACCAAGGUUGAUAGUCCAUGGCUGUUAGUUCUUGGGUGAAGCUACUGUGUAUGUUGUCCACACCAGUGUUUCUGAUACUUUAGAUCAGGUGCAGAAGACUAGGAAUAUACAGAAAGUGCUGAUUGUAGCAUUCCUUAGGUACAGAGUAGUCAACUCUACUGUGUCAUAUGAAGUAUUUCCUCAGACUCAAGGACGGGUGUAUCACUAAGAACCAAACCGGGAGGAAUGUACCUGAAUUUGUCCCAGAGAAACUUGUUUUUGUUGUGAAACGUUUUGCUACAGUGGGCACUGAUCUGAUGUCGUAGUACCACCUAUGUCCGUGUGUCCUGCUACCAGUACUGUCGUAGAAUGUGCUGAUUGAGAAGUGGAACAUACUCCUGUGUUCCUGCUACCAGUACUGUAGUAGGAUGUGCUGAUUGAGAAGUGGAACGUACUCCUGUGUUCCUGCUACCAGUACUGUAGUAGGAUGUGCUGAUUGAGAAGUGGAACGUACUCCUGUGUUCCUGCUACCAGUACUGUAGUAGGAUGUGCUGAUUGAGAAGUGGAACGUACUCCUGUGUUCCUGCUACCAGUACUGUAGUAGGAUGUGCUGAUUGAGAAGUGGAACGUACUCCUGUGUUCCUGCUACCAGUACUGUAGUAGAAUGUGCUGAUUGAGAAGUGGAACAUACUCCUGUGUUCCUGCUACCAGUACUGUAGUAGAAUGUGCUGAUUGAGAAGUGGAACGUACUCCUGUGUUCCUGCUACCAGUACUGUAGUAGAAUGUGCUGAUUGAGAAGUGGAACGUACUCCUGUGUUCCUGCUACCAGUACUGUAGUAGAAUGUGCUGAUUGAGAAGUGGAACGUACUCCUGUGUUCCUGCUACCAGUACUGUAGUAGAAUGUGCUGAUUGAGAAGUGGAACGUACUCCUGUGUUCCUGCUACCAGUACUGUAGUAGGAUGUGCUGAUUGAGAAGUGGAACAUACUCCUGUGUUCCUGCUACCAGUACUGUAGUAGGAUGUGCUGAUUGAGAAGUGGAACAUACUCCUGUGUUCCUGCUACCAGUACUGUCGUAGGAUGUGCUGAUUGAGAAGUGGAACGUACUCCUGUGUUCCUGCUACCAGUACUGUAGUAGGAUGUGCUGAUUGAGAAGUGGAACGUACUCCUGUGUUCCUGCUACCAGUACUGUAGUAGGAUGUGCUGAUUGAGAAGUGGAACGUACUCCUGUGUUCCUGCUACCAGUACUGUAGUAGGAUGUGCUGAUUGAGAAGUGGAACGUGUUCCUGCUACCAGUACUGUAGUAGGAUGUGCUGAUUGAGAAGUGGAACGUACUCCUGUGUUCCUGCUACCAGUACUGUCGUAGGAUGUGCUGAUUGAGAAGUGGAACGUACUCCUGUGUUCCUGCUACCAGUACUGUAGUAGGAUGUGCUGAUUGAGAAGUGGAACGUACUCCUGUGUUCCUGCUACCAGUACUGUAGUAGGAUGUGCUGAUUGAGAAGUGGAACGUACUCCUGUGUUCCUGCUACCAGUACUGUAGUAGGAUGUGCUGAUUGAGAAGUGGAACGUACUCCUGUGUUCCUGCUACCAGUACUGUAGUAGGAUGUGCUGAUUGAGAAGUGGAACGUGUUCCUGCUACCAGUACUGUAGUAGGAUGUGCUGAUUGAGAAGUGGAACGUACUCCUGUGUUCCUGCUACCAGUACUGUCGUAGGAUGUGCUGAUUGAGAAGUGGAACGUACUCCUGUGUUCCUGCUACCAGUACUGUCGUAGGAUGUGCUGAUUGAGAAGUGGAACAUACUCCUGUGUUCCUGCUACCAGUACUGUAGUAGGAUGUGCUGAUUGAGAAGUGGAACGUACUCCUGUGUUCCUGCUACCAGUACUGUCGUAGGAUGUGCUGAUUGAGAAGUGGAACGUACUCCUGUGUUCCUGCUACCAGUACUGUCGUAGGAUGUGCUGAUUGAGAAGUGGAACAUACUCCUGUGUUCCUGCUACCAGUACUGUAGUAGGAUGUGCUGAUUGAGAAGUGGAACAUACUCCUGUGUUCCUGCUACCAGUACUGUAGUAGGAUGUGCUGAUUGAGAAGUGGAACAUACUCCUGUGUUCCUGCUACCAGUACUGUCGUAUUAUGUGCUGAUUGAGAAGUGGAACAUACUCCUGUGUUCCUGCUACCAGUACUGUAGUAGGAUGUGCUGAUUGAGAAGUGGAACAUACUCCUGUGUUCCUGCUACCAGUACUGUCGUAGGAUGUGCUGAUUGAGAAGUGGAACAUACUCCUGUGUUCCUGCUACCAGUACUGUAGUAGGAUGUGCUGAUUGAGAAGUGGAACGUACUCCUGUGUUCCUGCUACCAGUACUGUAGUAGGAUGUGCUGAUUGAGAAGUGGAACGUACUCCUGUGUUCCUGCUACCAGUACUGUAGUAGGAUGUGCUGAUUGAGAAGUGGAACAUACUCCUGUGUUCCUGCUACCAGUACUGUCGUAGGAUGUGCUGAUUGAGAAGUGGAACAUACUCCUGUGUUCCUGCUACCAGUACUGUAGUAGAAUGUGCUGAUUGAGAAGUGGAACAUACUCCUGUGUUCCUGCUACCAGUACUGUAGUAGGAUGUGCUGAUUGAGAAGUGGAACGUACUCUUGUGUUCCUGCUACCAGUACUGUAGUAGGAUGUGCUGAUUGAGAAGUGGAACAUACUCCUGUGUUCCUGCUACCAGUACUGUAGUAGAAUGUGCUGAUUGAGAAGUGGAACAUACUCCAACCACCCUGUCGAUCUGUGUUGGUACCCAACAAUCCCAUUCUACUCUGCAUUCCAUCCACUAUUGUCUCACACUGUUUAGUAGCCCACAACGGAGAGCCAUGUUGGCAAUAAACAUUUGAUCUGUAGUAUUCACUUUGCUGACUGGGAAGAACUACUGUACUAUGUCAACUUUCAGUUAAUUUCUUUAUUACAAUGGAUGUGUCCAUCCGCCAUCAAACUAA